AAGAAUUCAAUUUGAUAUAUCAAGAGUUUACAGAUAUUGAUAUGCUAGAAGCAGCAGUACCAAAAGAAGAAAAUGAUAAUAUAUUAGAGAAGAACAUUCUUCCUACUACUACUAUUUUAAACCAA